UGAAUUUAGACUCGACAGUUGUGUAAUUGAUAGACGUUUCUUCUAUUGGCUAUUUUUCGCGCAUUUCCUCGACUUCGUUAGUAAUAAAUAGGACCAAUGAAGAUGGGGUAAAUGUCGCUUGGAACUUACUUCUCCUAAAGAACUUUAAACAGCAAGGAUCUCUCGAAUAACCUCAUGAUUCUCAAGGCAUUCGGGGUGAAAUGGCUCCUACUCUGUAUCGUCGUGUGUCUGCCCGGGGUCUUCUCUAGAAUCAAAAACAUGCCGCUGACACCCCAGCUGGAAACUUGCUAUAAGCGCUUCUCCAACGUCAGUCUGAACAGAGUGCCGGGAACCUUCAUCACGUGGCAUUGUGAGUCUUCUAUCAGCCUCUCCAAAAUUCCCUUUCGACUGCCAAAGUCUGAACACCACUAUCUGAACGGUCUUAAUCGGAGAAUUAUGGAAAAAUCGAAAAACAACAGAGGCAAGAGGCAGGCGACAAGGUGUGUGAGGAAGGAAUACAGGAUGCUUACCACGCAGGAGAGAAACGACUUUCACAGAGCUGUGAACGGAAUGAAACAGAAUACGAUAGUACGACCAAAUGUGUACGAUGCGCUUGCCAUGCUUCAUUCGGAGAUGCAGAUACUUAAAGCCCAUGGCGGACCGUGUUUCCUUGGCUGGCACCGAGUGUUCAUGCUCAUGUUUGAGAUGGCUCUUGGUGAUGAAGUUCCCGGCGUCUGCCUGCCAUACUGGGACAGCAGUCUGGACAAUGAGCUGGAGAACCCCGCCCAGUCUUACAUGUUCAGUUCUGAACUCAUGGGUAACGGUGAUGGCGCGAUCACAUCUGGACCUUUCGCCGGAUGGAGGCGUCCCUCGGAUCCAAAUAACCCCAACAGCCGUCCGUCUCCAGUACUAAGAAACGUCGGAGCCGACGGUCAGCUGUAUUCGAGAGAAUCCAUAGAAAUGAUACUAUCCCGCAGCGAUACUUCAGAAAUAAUCGCUCCCAACUCGGAUCCUGACUACGAUAUUGAAGUACAUCACGGAGGUAUCCAUAUAUACAUUGGGGGAGAUAUGGAGGCUUUGGUGACGUCACCAUUCGAUCCCUUCUUCUUUUUGCACCAUGGAUUCGUCGACUACCUUUGGGAACUGUUCCGCAUUAAGUUGAGAAACCAGCUGAAUAUUGAUCCACAGACCAACUACCCCAUGAACCACAACAUAGAAUUCCACUCGCGCGAUGAGUUGAUGGACAUUGCCAAUUUCACGUGUGGUGCUGGCUACAGCGAUCUGUUGAUGGAAACCGUCGAAUACGAAGCAUCGCCAUCAUGCACACAACAGCGGCCAACGUGCGAUUCUCCCUACUUGAGAUGCCAGCUUAACACGGGUCGAUGCAUACCAAUAACUCUUCAAGAGACACCACUUCCGAUGAACCCAGGCUCCGGUCCAGUGACAAAUCCCCCACCCGUAGGUCCAGGACUUCCCCCACCCGUAGGUCCAGGACUUCCCCCACCCGUAGGUCCAGGACUUCCCCCACCCACAGGUCCCGGUUUGCCGCCACCUGUUGAUCAGUGCGCCCACAUCGAACAAGAGAGACACAACGUGAAGCCAUGCCAGAACAGCUACUGCGUAAAUGGAAUCUGCGACAUCAACCAGUGGGUGUAUGUGCCAGUCAAAGUGGUCACCAUCCGACCCCCAGAAUACAACCGUUACAACUCGUUUCCAAUCAUCAACGGCGACGUCUCCAUGACCAACGACAUCUACAAUCCAAGUGGCUACAGCAGAACGAAAAAAAUAAUACAAGGAAGGCUGGGCAAAACACCCAAAGGAUACACUCACUGCUUUGAAGACGGCAUCGGGCAGAUUUUCGUCCAGUCUCAGGGUCUGAAUUACGAAGGCUUCUACAAGGAAUCAUCCGUAAUCGACCAGAGGUUGGCCACCACGAUGUCCAUCGCCUAUGUCGCUGUGAAGAAUCCAGGUCGCGGUGUGACGAGAGCACUGUUCAGAGCAUCAGACUCCUGUGGCCGCGUAUGCCACACGUCCUGCAAGAAUCCCAGGACCGGGAAGUUCGAACCCUGCUCUGGUCUCAUAGAACUGGACUCACGGUAUCCCAGGAUGUUCAGCAAAAAUUACGGCGAUGCCACUUUGGAUAUAUGGGACUAUGGUAACGGCAAUGGAAUGGGAAAUGAAUGUCCAAUGUUCAACGAUGACAAAUUCUUCUUGACAUUCUAUUGUGAUUACCAGGAUCAUCUCCCUUGGGUCGAUAAGAUGUCAGCACCACCUAUGAUGCCUCGGAUGGGACCCAAACCUCAACCACCUCCAUCUUUCCAUACACAACAAUGCCGAGUCAGCCCUACCUGCGUGCUGAACACCCCUUGUUUCUCAGCGAGUCUCCAGUGCCGCUUUUACGGCGAGACGCAUCAGUGUGCCGGCGCCUGCGGACAUUACGCCGUCUGCAACUACGGCCACUACAAAGAAAAAAUUUGUAUUGGUGGCACUGUCUUCAGCGAAACGAUGAAUCGAUGUACCUCCACGCCAUGCGGCGGUCAAGUAGGAGAUGGUCUGCCAUCUUGGCAUGUAUUUGCAAACGCAGGGGCCAACUACAUGAAGAGUCUCGGAAGCCGAAUGUUAAGUGGAAGUGCAGGGGCCAGUGCAGGGGCCAGUAUAUUCGGCGGCAAACGCUGAACGGACAUGCGCUUACAUUGAACGGACAUGUCAAGAUUUUUAUUUUUGCUCGAUCUGCAGAAUUUGCGAUGUCAAUAAAAAAGAUUCAACCCCCACCCCCAUUUUGAAAAAGACAUUUGUUUGUGAAUCUAGCAUUUAAUUUAUAAUGAUCCUAGGUUUCUGUGAGCAGGAAGAGAGGAGUAGGGAUUGGGGUGGGAUCUAUUUCAAUAUGUUGCGGACACCUUGAAAUAUUAAAUGUAAAAUACACUAAAUCUAUUUAUUAAAGGGUUUUUUUUUUCGAGAAGGGAUACGGGAAUGGGGUGGGGGGUAGGUCCGAGAAGGGAGAUGGGAAUGUGCUGGGGGUAGGUCCGAGAGUAGGGACGGGAAUGGGGUGGGGUUAGGUCGACCGCCAAAGUGUUACAGAUUUGAUGAAAACCAAUCUUUAUAUUUUAAUUUCUUAAACAUAACUUUCAAUGCUAUUUAAUACUUUAUUCAUAUUCCAGUGAUACAUAUAUUUCGUACAUUUUUGUUUUAGUAUGAAUGACUUUUAUCUUUAUUUAAAAACUGUAUCAAAUCUUUGUAAAUAUUUACAUGUUUAGAUUCUUAAUAUAUUAUAUAAUAAUAUAUAAAAAUAAGUGUUUACUAGUGGAUUAUGUAAUAUGACAUUUCAAAGAUGUGUUACAUUACGUCAUGCCGUAAUUAAAAAGAUUUGACUAUUGUAAAUGAGUACAUAUAGGUAUACCAGUCUCAGAAUUGUACAUCAAUCAUCAUCCCAUUGAUCUGAUUCUACCAGUGAUUUUUAUAAUGGUUAUUCUAUUUGUAUCCAGUUACGUGUUGAAAAAAUUAAAUAUUGAUGCAUUA